AUGCCAUCCUUAGUUGACGCCGUUGAGCCUGGCUCUUCCACUGUACCAUCGUCAUCGACUACCCCAUAUGGAGGUGACACUCCUCCUUCAAAUUAUGGACCUAGUUCAUCAGAUAUGCAAUACUACUAUCAACAUCUGUAUCCUUUUAAGCAGAUAUUUCAAUGGCUGAACCAUUCACCUAAACCAGGCCGUGAUAUCAUCAAUAGAGAAUUCGCGAUGGCGUUCAGAUCUGGUGCAUACAAAAGAUAUAAUUCGUUCAACAGCGUACAGGAGUUCAAAGUACAGAUCCAGAAGGCUAAUCCAGAUAGAUUUGAGAUCGGUGCAGUGUACAAUAAACCGCCAAGGGAGCGCGACUCUUUACUUAAGACUGAGAUGAAACCGAUGGAGAAAGAAUUAGUUUUCGAUAUCGAUAUGGAUGAUUAUGAUAGUUAUAGAACAUGUUGUUCUGGGGCACAAGUGUGUCCCAAGUGUUGGCACUUUAUUAAAUUAGCUAUGAAAGUAAUCAAUUCAUCUUUGGAAAAUGAUUUCGGUUUUGAUGAGUUCAUUUGGGUUUUCUCUGGUAGACGUGGUGCCCAUUGUUGGAUUAGUGACAAGAGAGCCAGGGUCAUGACGGAUUCUCAUAGGAAGAACAUGUUGGAUUAUAUGAACGUGGUUAGGGAUAGAAAUAUUGAGAAGAGAUUGAAUUUGGUUAGACCGCUGCAUCCACAUCUAUCAAGAUCUCUGGAGAUUUUGAAACCUCAUUUCGUUGAAAUCAUUCUAAGGGAACAAGACACUUGGAGAGAUGAUGAACUAGCGAUAAAAUCUUUGGCUACCAGUUGUCACGACAAACAGCUAUCUGAGCAGCUAAAGAAACUAUGGACCAACAAACCUGGAAGAUCAAGUGAGGAAAAAUGGAAGGACAUGGAUGUGAUAGCGUCUCAGCUAAUAAGUAGCUUUCCUAAACAGAGACAACACGAUUAUUUGCAGAGACUACGCGAGAGUAAAGAAGAUAUCAUCAUCCAAACGCUAUACCCUAAAUUAGAUGUGGAAGUCACAAAACAAACCAUCCAUUUACUCAAGGCUCCAUUCUGUAUACAUCCAUCCACUGGUAACGUUUGUGUACCGAUUACAGAAGAGUUCUCACCAGAAAUGGCACCAAAACUUAUAAAAUUACAGAACGAAAUGGAUACUAACGAUAAUCAAGUGCAACGCACUUCACUACAACCGUACCUAGACAUGUUCGGAAAGUAUGUCAACAAGUUGGUCAAACAAGAAUUAUCCUCACAAAAGAGAGACCGUGAAGAAGAUAUCAAGUCGUCUAUUGACUUCUGA